UCAAACUAGCCGUUGGGCUUUGUUUUGUGAACAAAUCCAGCCAGCUCUCCACCGACGACGCUCUCUCACAGCCACCUCUCUCUUCUCUAUAUUCAAGAUCUUUAGUCAGUAAGCGGAGUGCGUAACUCUUCAACAUCUCCAAAUCCUCUCACCUACUGAGGUGAUCGUCUGUGAAGCUAAAGUACUUCUGAAAUGUUCACGGAAGGGCUAGAUGAAAGUGCCAUUAACUGGAUCAAGAAGGGAUCAGAUUCAGAACAGUAUCCACCUCGAUCACCGUUGUCUGAGAGGAUAGAUACAAAAUAUCAUCUCCCUAGAUCACCAUUAGCAUACAAUUCGAGCAGUUAUGCCUCCCAUAUUCUGCCUCCGUUGAAAUUUCAUUCUGGAUUAGUAAAACCCCUCAGCACCGUCACUCUAAGUGUUGAAAGUAAUGAGGAUGAGUCCGAUUAUUACAAUGAUGAUAAUGAUGAUGAGUGUGAGAGCGUGGGCUCUGCCCCACAUGGGAACAACUCUGAUGAUAAUGCAGUGGAUGGGCCGGUGAUUAGGGGCUUUGAAGAGGAUAUGUUCCACUUCAGUGCUAGCAAGAAACUAAAUGACAGUAAAUAUAGGUCUACGAUUAAAAGAGGGUUGUUGCAAGAGGAUCUUCGGGUUGAAGUUCCGGGAAGUGUGAGGAGAUUCACGGAUGGGGAAUGGGGUUCAAGGGGAUAUGGUCAGAGCAGUGGUGGAAGUUUCCGGUUGAAUGAUCGAAAGGAUCCUAACAGUGCUUAUGGUACUCCCAUUGGUAACAUGAGUGAAAAUGUUGAACUUGGUACUCCUAGUGCACCACCCUUCAUGGAUAUUGGAAAUGCUCAUGACUCUGAGGCCGGAAGCGAGAAAAGCAUUGAUAGUCAAUUCAAAGAAUUAGAGCAGGGCUUUUUGGGUGAUAAAGGUUUUGCAGAGCAAAGUAACAAAUCAGUGAAGAUUGAAACAGAAGUUGGCCAAAGGGAUCGCGAAGAAUUACUUGGGGAAAAUGAACACCCUGCUCCUGUCUGCCAUGCAAACUCUGUAAACCACAUACCCUACUAUUGUGCCAGCAAUCAAAAUGCAUAUCAAGCGCUUGUUGCUUAUGAUGCCUGCGUUCGUUUAUGUCUGAAUUCAUGGGCAAGAGGUUGUGCGGAGGCUCCAGAAUUUCUGCGAGAUGAGUGCCUGCUCCUUCGUAAUGCUUUUGGACUUCACAAGCUCUUGCUUCAACCUCGAGGUGUGCAGCAAGCAGACAUGAAUAACAAGACCACCGAACAAGCAAUGGCCUCGAAAGUCAAGCAGACAGUUGGGAAGAUUCGUGUGGAAGUGAAAAAGCUCCGUAUAAUACCGAGAAGGAAGUUAAAGAAUACAAACUCAAUGAGAGGUGCUAUUUACCUGCAAGCUGGGGCUGACUAUGUCCGUCAUGUUUCCUCGAUAGUAAAACACAGAAUCAAUACUCUUAAAUUCAGUCCCUUAUCAUUUCCAUCUGAAGAAUCAUUAUGGUGUGUGAUUCAACUAAAAAGUUCAGCUGAAGAUAUUGAAGCUGAAGCAGGUUCUGCCAUCUCACUUCGGCCCGGAGCUGGUGAAUACCAUGAAUUUUUUCCCGAGAGCCAAGGGGAUGCUCUUCUACUUGAAAUUCAGGAUGCAAUGAAAAACGUUCAAGGUUGUGCUACAAUUCCGAUUUCUUCUCUAACUGAUAACCCUAAUGAAAGAGUUCGGUGGUGGCCAAUCUACCACAGUGAUCAAGAAUGUGUUGGUAAGGUCUUGCUCUCCAUUGGAAGCACAUUUACAAGUGAUGAGACAGUGCUUAUGAAGAGUGGAUCUAUUGUGGAGACCCUAGCAUAUGAUCUGCUUCUGGAGGCUGCCAUGCGGGCUCAACAGUUUCAUGCACGAAAUUUACGCAUAAAUGGGCCUUGGAAGUGGAUACUGACAGAAUUUUCUGAGUAUUAUGGAGUGUCCGACUCUUAUACUAAAUUAAGAUACCUCUCAUAUGUCAUGAAUGUUGCCACUCCUACAAAAGAAUGCUUAGAGAUUUUGCAUGAGUUGCUUGUCCCAGUCCUGAAGGCAAGAAGUGAGAGAAAUUUAACAAGACAAGAGAAAAACAUCUUGUUGGAUUGUGAGACCCAAGUCGAAAGGCUUUUGGCUGAGGCCUUCCAGAAUUACAAGUCAUUAGAUGAUAAUUAUCCAACCGGCUUAGCAGAUACGUCAGCUCCAACAUCAGAAACUGCAUCGCCUGCACUAGCUCCUGCUGUGCAGGUUUAUACCUUACUACAUGACAUUCUUGUUCAAGAUGCUCAGACUAUGCUGAGAAACUAUCUAAAGACAGCAGCAACGAAAAGAUGCCGAAAACACAUGAUGGAGACUGAUGAGUUUGUGUCAAGCAACUCAGAGGGUUUUGUUAUGGACUCUGAUACCAUCACCAAAGCCUAUUUGAAGAUGAAGAAUCUUUGCAUCAACAUUGGCAAUGAAAUCCAGACUGACCUCAAAAUCCACAAUCAGCAUAUAUUUCCCAGUUCAAUAGAACUGUCUUCCAUAACCUCAGCAGUUUACAACACAGAAUUAAGCAAGAGACUGGGAUGCUUCCUUGCCAUAUGGCCCCCGUCAAGUCCCAUGCCACAUGUGAAUGACCUUUUAAUAGCAAUGUCCGACUUUGAGAGGAAUCUUGAACUAUGGAAUAUCAGCACUGUCCAAGGUGGUGUUGACUCCAAAGACUUGUUCCAUGGUUACAUCAUGGUCUGGAUACAAGAUUUACAACUUACGUUGCUUGAUCUUUGCAAAGCAGAAAAGGUUCCGUGGUCCGGAGUAUUUACCAAAUAUUCAACGUCCCCUUUUGCCGAGGAAAUGUUUGAGAAGUUGGCAAGAAUGCUUAGUGAAUAUGAAGUCGUUAUCAAUCGCUGGCCUCAAUACACACUAAUUUUGGAAAAUGCCGCUGCAAAUGUGGAAAGGGCUAUAAUUAAAGCAAUGGAACGGCAAUACCAUGAUAUUUUAACCCCUCUGCGAGAUAGCAUACCAAAAAGACUUGGUAUGCAGGUCCAGAAAUUGGCAAGGAGGCAAUCAACGGCUCACUAUACCAUCCCUAGUCAGCUUGGAAUUUUUCUGAACACAAUCAAGAGAAUUCUGGAUGUUCUGCAUUGUAGGAUUGAGGACAAACUGAAAUCAUGGGCUUCUUAUUUGCCCACGAAUGGAGACAGUAAAACUAGUUUUGGAGAGCAGAUGAAUGCUAUAACUGUUCUUCUGCGAACAAAAUAUAAGAAUUACAUUCAAGCCAUCGUAGUCAAGCUUGCCGGCAAUAUGCUAGCAAACAAGAGCACCCGACUUCAAAGGAUCUUGGAAGAAACAAAAGAAGCUGACGGUGAAGCUCAGAUUCGUGAGAGGAUGCAACUUCUGAGCACACAACUCUCUGAUUGCAUCUCCAAGUUGCAUGAAACUUUUACAAGCCAAAUAUUUGUUGCAAUCACCCGUGCUUUCUGGGACAAAAUGGGACAAAUUGUGUUGAAGUUUCUAGAAGGAAGGAAGGAGAACCGAGUAUGGUAUACCGGAUCAUAUCAUGCCCUCGGGAUUGUGGAUGAUACAUAUGCAUCUCAGAUGCAGAGAUUGCUAGGAAAUGCUUUGCAGGAGAAAAAUUUGGAGCCACCACGUUCAAUUACUGAAGCUCGAUCUAUUUUGUCAAGAGACACAACAAACAGAAUCGACUCAUCCUCAUAUAUAUACUUCUAGUCACCAUCUUACUCAAAACGGAUUUUCCAGUUUCAACUUUUUUAAACCCAAACAGAAGCCAUGGCUUGCAUGGAUCACAAAUUUUAAUUUUAUUCAUAUUUAUUCUUUUUGUAUGUAAAACGAUUAUUCUUUAAUAAAAUUAUAUAUUGCAAAGUCA